GUGUGCAGACAUGGCGUGGCUCCAUCAGAGUCGAGGCUCUCCCAGACUCGUCCUGGUGGUGGUUUGUGUCGCUCUGCUACUCGACAACAUGCUGCUUACUGUGGUUGUGCCGAUCAUCCCGACGUUCCUCUACGCCAUGGACCACCCCAGUCCAGAGCCUCAGACUGUCCAGCCCUCCCUGCUCCCUCUUCCCAGCAUCAGUGCACCACAGCGGAGAACAGCGCCCCCACAGGCGCCCUCGUCCAGGUCAAACCUCCAGACUGCCUGGACCUCCCAGGCCUCCCAGCUCCCUCGUCCCAGCCACAGUGCACUGGUCCUGGAUGCACCAGCAGAGCAGAACCCCCGAUCAUCUCCUCCCACCUUCCCUCCUCUGGUGUCUCUGUUUGACAACACCACCUUCAGUCUGCACGAGAUUCAGACUGAACCGAUUCUGAACACCGAGCCGACGGACCAGACGAGCCUGACCACAGAGCUGCAGAUCAACGAGACGACUAACGCUACAGAGUCCUCCUGUCUUCAGGACAGUGCGUUCCUGGAGGAGGAAAAUGUCCGUGUUGGUUUGUUGUUUGCCUCUAAAGCGCUCAUCCAGCUGCUCGUCAAUCCCUUCGUUGGCCCGCUCACCAACAGGGUCGGGUACCACAUCCCCAUGUUCGCCGGUUUCAUCAUCAUGUUUGCAUCGACCAUCAUGUUUGCUUUCUCAGGGACCUACGCUCUGCUCUUCUUCGCUCGCUCUCUGCAGGGGAUCGGCUCAUCCUUCUCCUCUGUAGCGGGUCUUGGUAUGCUGGCCAGUGUAUACACAGAUGAUGAGGAGAGAGGCAUUGCCAUGGGCAUCGCACUGGGAGGACUGGCUAUGGGAGUGCUGAUCGGAGCUCCAUUUGGCAGUGUGAUGUACGAGUUUGUGGGGAAGAGCGCCCCCUUUCUGAUUCUGGCCUUCCUGGCUGUGUUUGAUGGAAUAUUACAGCUGUUCAUCCUGCAGCCUUCAAAGAUCUCUCCAGGGAGUGUGGAGGGGACUCCGCUACUGACGCUGUUAAAAGAUCCGUACAUCCUCAUCAGUGCAGGUUCUCUGUGUUUUGCAAACAUGGGCGUCGCCAUCCUGGAGCCGACUCUGCCCAUCUGGAUGAUGCAGACCAUGUGUUCCCCAAAAUGGCAACUUGGUAUGGCCUUCCUACCUGCCAGCAUCUCCUACCUGAUAGGAACAAACCUGUUUGGUGUUUUGGCCAACAAGAUGGGACGGUGGCUCUGCUCAAUGUUGGGGAUGUUUAUCGUUGGCAUCAGUCUGCUGUGUGUCCCUUUUGCCACCAGUAUCUACGGACUGAUUGGACCAAACGGAGGUCUGGGCUUCGCUAUAGGUAUGGUCGACUCUUCCAUGAUGGCCAUCAUGGGCUACCUGGUGGACAUCCGCCAUGCGUCUGUUUACGGCAGUGUCUACGCUAUCGCUGACGUGGCGCUGUGUAUGGGAUUCGCUAUCGGACCAUCCACAGGGGGAGCUCUGGUCCAGGCGGUAGGUUUUCCCUGUCUCAUGGUGUUUAUCGGGGUGAUCAACAUCCUGUACGCUCCGCUCUGCUUCCUGUUACGUAACCCGGCCGUAAGUGAGGAGAAAAUGGCCAUCAUUGAUCAGGAGUGUGUGAUGCACAGGAAAAGCUACAACACUCAGAAGGAGAGUCGUGAGUUUCCUCUGAGCGACUACAGCGAAGAAGAGGAGACGGAGGAGUGACACACACACACACACACACACACACACACACACACACACACACACACACACACACACACACACACACACACACACACACACACGCACACACGCACGCUGCUGAAGAUGUUAUGUUGUGAUGUUUUCUCCAAACAUGUUUUACCAUCACCCUCAGACAUCCUGUCGUCACGGUCAGAUCAGAACAGAUGCUUCUCAACAUGUAGUGUCAACACAAACACGUUCACUGGAAACGCUGAACACGUCUUCAGAGUCCACAACGUUUCGACUUUGAUUCUCUAACCACUCUCAAAUGUCACACUUUAAACCGACUGGAUGUAGCGCUGCAAACUACUUCUGCUUUAUCAACUGGUGGAGGGCUUUAUGUCGGCUUUAAAACCAGUAGUGUGUUUUAUUAAAGUCCACUUAAGAACGCCAGCUUCUCCGUCUUUGUUUCAACGACGUGUGAUGUUGAAAUCAGCAGUUUGACAAACAGAAUAAUUCAGGGAACCAUCAGUCGGAUUCAAUUUGUUAUGAAAGGAUUAUAUUUGAUAUUUAAAUAAAUUAGAUAAACAUAAUGCCUAUUAUUUAUAGCACCUCUUAAUUGAACAUAUUUUAACUUGAUGAAAUGACUACAAUCACACAGGUGAGAUGAGAAUAUAUUAAAAAGAUUAACAGUUAAAUUAGGAGCACAUAUUAUUAUUCAUCUUGUUUUUAUAGGUUUGGUUUAUCAUCCAGGAACUGUUUCGUUAACUUAAUCUUUUUAUCUCACAGUGUUGACAUGUUAGAUGUACCUGAGUCUGUAUCUGACCUCUGAUCUCUGUCACCAUUAAAACCUGUUGUUCACCUG